AUGCCACCCCCAACCAAUCCCCUCUCCCCCAUCUUCUCCCCCACAACCGAACUCCUCGACCUCGGCCGCGAGCGCUUCGACCAAGCCACCGCGAAUCCCACCUCACGCGACCACGCCCUCCUCCGCGGCCCCCAGCACACUCAACCAUACAUGCUGCCGACGGGAAAAGCACCACGGGGACUAGAAAGCAAGGUGUUUGCGUGGAACGUAUUCCAGCAUACGACAGAGGAGCGGGAUGAGCGGGAGGAAGCGAAGGGGGAUUUACAUGAGGGGCAGUUGCAUCGGUAUAAUAGGGCUGCGAGGAGGGAGGAGGAGCGGGGUGGGAUGGGUGGUGGUGGUGGUGGAGGAGGAGGAGGAGGAUUCACCAGCGCUGCUGCGACAAGGGGACGGGAAAGGGGAAUGCCAAUUCGCACCCUCACCAACCCUGCUCCCGGUACAAACAGCCCUCGAAACAACUCCGCCAGACCACUGACCCAGGCCCAACAUCCCAUCCAUGCCACCGACGCUCUCUGCGCGGGCAGAAAGCCAGAUGUCAGUGCUCCGCCGCUGGCCAAAGGAUUCGCGGAGGAAUUGGAUAGGAGUAUGUUUUGGGAUGGGCCCAUGGCUACGGGAGUGUAG